ACUCAGCGAAUUAGUUCUUCAAAUUCGCUUAUUAAUAGCGAUAAAGUGGCGGGGGCAGCAAAUAAUAAUGGGAAAGGGGGAAGACCAUCCGCCCCAGUCGACGUGGGGUCUCCUUUACUUGACUGGGAAGAAGGAGAUCAUUUUAGUUUCGAAGAUUCGGAACGUUUUGAAGAAGAUUCUUUGUGUAGCUGGAGUUCGGAACCGGAGAGUCUGUGCAACAACUGGCGAGGAUGGAGGAGACCAAAUCUCCAAAACGUAUUUGGAUCGCGUUUAACAAAAAAAUCAAUUCAAGAAAAAUCAGUAUCAAGCUUGAGCGAAUUGGCGGCAAAAUGUGUGGCUAGUCACAUUCCCUUUGAGCUGGUGGAACAUGUAUAUCCACCUGUGCCAGAACAGCUGCAGUUACAAAUAGCCUUCUGGAGCUUUCCAGACAGUGAGGAUGACAUCAGGCUGUACUCCUGCCUUGCAAAUGGCUCGGCUGAUGAGUUUCAAAGAGGAGAACACCUGUUUAGAGACAGAGCUGUUAAAGAUGUCCUGCAGAUUGGUUUUCACUUAUCUGCCAGUGUCACACUCAGUAUGACUCGAUCUCAGUUCAACGUAGCAGUAACAUUCGACAGACAGAAGAUCUCAUCAUGCAACUGUACCUGCUCAUCAUCAGCUCAUUGGUGUUCGCAUAUAGUUGCAGUCUGUUUAUACAGAAUACACUUACCCACGCAAGUAUGUCUCAGAGCGCCUGUGUCAGAAUCAUUACAGAGACUGCGAAGAGAUCAAUUGCAGAAGUUCGCUCAAUACUUAAUAUCUGAGUUACCACGUCAAGUCUUACCAACGGCUCAACGUAUUCUGGACGAGUUGUUGUCUGCUCAGCCCAACCAGAUAAACACGACCUGUGGCGCGCCGGAUCCCACCGCUGGGGCGUCCGCUUACGAGUUCACAUCAUGGUUUCUUGAUGAGAAAACCCUGCAUAAUAACAUCAACAAGAUACUUGUGAAGUUCUGUGUGCCAACUCCAAUAGUGUUCAGUGAUGUGAACUAUCUGAGUACCAGCGCCCCGCCAGCGGCGUCCGAGUGGUCGUCCCUGCUGCGGCCGCUCCGAGGCCGAGAGCCCGAGGGCAUGUGGAACUUGCUCUCCAUAGUGAGGGAGAUGUUCAAACGUAGUGACAGAAACGCCAUACCUCUGCUGGAGAUCAUCACUGAGGAGGUCAUGGCUUGCGAACAGAUAAUAGUAUGGUGGUACAGCACUAAGGCGUCGCUGGUGGCCUGGGGCGGCGGCGGCAAGCACGGCGCCGCUGGGAACUCCGCCGCUCAGCACGCGUGCUCAUCGCUGUGUGAUGAAGUUGUAGUACUAUGGCGACUCGCUUCAUUAAACCCGGGGCUGGCGCCGCACGAGAGAGACACUCUACACGAACAGUUUGCUCAGUGGCACAUCAAAGUUCUUGACAAGGUGGCAAAGAACCGUGCCAAUCAUAACAUAAACACAUCGACUUCCUCCCAUCCGCGGCACUCUCGCGCGCACUCCCAUCCCCCAUACAUCAAUGGCAUCAGCGAGAACGAGGUGUUCCCCGGUUUCAAUCCAGCCAUGGAGGCCUGCUUCCUGGAGUGGGACGACUACCAGAUACCGGGGGUCACUUACACUAAGGACCUGAACCCCAUGUACCACAGCCCGUUCACCAUCUUCCGCCAUGCCGACAAGGAUAGUGUUCAUCAGGUGAACUCCUCAAAGGCAGUGUUGAAUAACGAAAUGUCGCUCAGCUAUCGGCUCACGAACCCGGACCCUUCCCAUCAGGGUCACAGGACGUUGGUGCACAGACCCAAUCGGAUUACUGUUGACAUCGCCAUGCCAGGACCGUCCAGUCAGCCCUGUGGUUCUGGAGAGAGAACGAAUGAAGUUCGAGACACAGGUCCUAGUGAUGGGAAUCAUUCCAGUGUGUCAUCCGAAGGUUUCUGUGAAAAUGAGGAAGAGAUACUCCAACAAAGCGGCGGGGACACAGAUUCUCAAGAGUCCAGCUCAACGGGUGCGUCAUCUGAGGACGCCGCGCGCCGCGUGUCUCACGACGACUCCGUGUCGGACGACGAGUGCAACCUUUACUACUACGAUGCCGCAGCGGCGAGACGAGUUGCCGUCGAGAAUACUGCUUCUGAACAUUUGAAUCCGAGUGCCAGUGGCAGCAACAGUCGGAACACCGUUGAGGAGUUAGGGUGGGGCUGCGGGUGGGAGGUCUCGUUCGCGCGCGCCGAGGGUCUCCACGCGCACGGACACGCGCGGGAGGCCUGCGCGCUCGGCGCCAGGCUUGCUGCGGACUUGCUGGCUAGCCCCCCGGCACUGGGAGCGGGCGGUGGUACCGGCGGCGGAGUGGGCUCGAUACUGAGCGCUGCGGCUGAGGCGAGGCGCGCGCGGCGCCGCCACACGCCCUCGCUGCGCCUGUGCGCCGCCAGCCACCGCCUCUCAUGCCUCGCGUCCGCCACGCUCGCUAAAUGCGCCUUCCUCUGCACCGUGUUGGCAGAAUUCAACGAACACCACGAGCUAGCAUUCCGCGUAGGUCUAUACGCGCUGGAGAUGGCGCGCCCGCCCGCCAGCACCAAGGCUUUGGAAGUGAAACUGAACAACCAGGAGACUGAGCUCGUCUCUCUGCUGAAGAAACUGCCGACAGGGCCCGAACAACUGGUGCUGGCGAGGGAGAAGGCGGAGCAGUUACGCGAUGGAACGCUUAGGAACCGUGGACCCGCUUUGCUGCCGAUCGCGCUUGCGAGUUUCUUGUUUGACGUUCUCGUUUUGUCCUCUGCUGAUAAAGAGAACAAACAUCCCACAAGAGUGCCGCCAGAUGAAAUGUUAGGGUUCGAAGCGGCCGUGGCGGCGUUGGGCCUGAAAGCGAAUGUGUCAGAGGCAGACCAUCCUCUCCUCUGCGAAGGGACGAGGCGCCAGCGCGGCGAGCUGGCCCUCAAUCUCCUGUCCUUCUAUAAGGAUGAUCCUGUUAAGCUAGCAAGGAUAAUGAACAAGCUUCUGGACCGUGACAUCCAUCAGCUGACGAAGGGGCCCAUGGUCAGCAUGUACUACACCAACAACGCGCGCCUCGCCGCCGCCUACCGCACAGAGCCGCCCGCGUACAGCCACCAAGUUCACGCCAUUCACACGCAACACUCUGCGCCUGUUGUCCCGCCACCAGUUUCAGUAUGUCCGCUGGUUGGCGAAAUGGAUCGUAUGACAGUAUCUGAAAGCGGCCCGUCCCCGCCAGCAAUGCCGCAUUCCUCCCAUCAAACGCUUCAAACGCAUCAAACACAUCAAACGCAUCAGACGCACCAAACGCAUCAAACGCACCAAACGCAUCAGACGCACCCAACGCAUCAAACGCACCAAACGCAUCAGACGCACCAACCGCAUCAGACGCACCAAACGCAUCAGACGCACCAAACGCAUCAGACUCACCAGACGCACACGAAUACGCAUCAAACGCACAACACGCAUCUCCCCAGACUUAAGGAUUCGAGAUACAAAGGCAAACGUUUAUACCCAUCGGUACCAAACCAACCGUCCGAAGCGUUAGCACACUUUAUGUUCGAGUUGGCAAAGUCAGUAUUGUUCAAGGCCGGUGGAUCGUCUAGCACAAGUCUGUUCACACAAACCUCUUGCGCGAGGGAACAUCAUGGGCCGCACAGAGGAUUACAUAUGGCGGCAUUUCAAUUGGGUGUAUACGCGUUAGGGCUACAUAAUUGUGUUAGCGCGAAUUGGUUAAGUCGUACAUAUUCUUCACAUGUCAGUUGGAUCACAGGGCAAGCGAUGGAUAUCGGAGCUCCUGCCAUUUUAUUCCUAAUAGAUGCCUGGGAGGGUCACCUUACCCCCCCUGAAGCUGCUGGAAUAGCAGAUAAGGCGUCAUCGGGCUGCGAUGUGCACAUGGUGCGCGCGGCGGCGGAGCUGGCGCUGUCGGUGCUGCCGCACGCGCACGCGCUCAACUACAACGAGAUCCAGCGCGCCGUGCUGCAGUGCAAGGAGCAGAGCGACGCCAUGCUCGAGCGCGCCUGCCUCACCGUCGAGGCCGCCGCCAAAGGUGGCGGAGUGUACCCCGAGGUGCUGUACACGGUAGCACGCUACUGGCACGAGCUCUACCUGCGGCAGGCUACCGAGGAGGGGGAGGCGCUACCCGACGAGCCGGCCUACCGCGCGCUGCCGCCGGUCGCCGUGUCGCUGCCCUACCCGAUACCCUACCCCUUCUUCCCCUACCCGCCGCCCGCUAUCUACCAGCUGCAGGUCACGCAACCGGCGCAUUUCGGCGGCGCGGCGACGGCGCACCCAGGCGCGCAGUUCGCUCUGCCGCCGUACUUCGUGCGCGGCAUCGUCACGCCCACGCACCCGCACGCGCCGCUGCCGCAUCCGACCAUUGCGGUCAACCAUCCUUCGCCAAUUCCGCCGCCAAUGCCGGCCACGAUACCCACGGCCACCGUGAGCACAGUGGGGGUGAGCGGGGUGAACGCAGUGGGGGUGAACCCUGUCACGGUGGGCGCGGUGGGCGCGGUGAGCGGCGCGGUUGGGACCAACGUUGGCCUGCCGGCGCUGCCGCCUGCCCAACUGAGGAGACUGUUGGCUGCUUACCGCGUUGGCAUGUUGGCGUUGGAGACGCAGGCGCGACGAGUCCACGAUGACCGCCCACAGAAUAAGUUUGGAAGGAACCCGCCAUACGGCGAGCAUGUGAAGUGGCUACUGCGCAUAUCCAAACGUCUCGGCGCGCAGUAUUUGCACCAGUUCUGCGUGUGCGCGGUGAACUCGGUGGUGUCGCCCUUCGUGCUGUACGAGCUGUGUGUUGAGUCCGCCCAUUGGCUGGCGCGCGGCGGCCCGCACCAUCUCGUCAUGCAGCACCUGCGGGGGACAUUGGCGCCGCUAGUUCACAAGUGUCAGCAGAUGUACAUUCAGUGCAUACACCAGAAGUUAUAUCACCUGACGACCGUGGAGUACGAGGAGUUUGUUGGCAUCGUGCUGUCUGCGCGCACCGCCUUCCAGCUCACGCCUGAAGGGAACACGCAGUUCAAGGAGUGGCUCGCCUCCCUGCGCAGAUCGAAAUCAUGCAAGAAAGACCUGUGGACGCAGCUCAACGCGGCGCUUCAAACGAACGGCAAAUGACGCCGGCAGCCGAUAGUUUGUAGGAUGCGGUGCGCCGCGCGCAAACUGUCACACUCACGGCGCUGGCCGCGCUGCCGGCUCGUCUACCAGAUGCACACUCUCUAACUGUCCCGCCCCACCCGUCUGUCGCUCCCUCCCCCAACUCCCCACACUCCCACUCCCAGCCGCCGGUCGAACCGCUCGAGUUGACUUACGGCUGUACGAAUGUAUUGAACGAUUGUAUGAUAACAGUUUGCGCGUACAGAAAGAGUUAAGACAUUCUGACUUCUAAGUUCCUCGCAUUUUAUUAUGUAUUAGAAACCCCGUUUCAUGCGCGUAUUUUCCGAUCCGGAAUAAAAUAAAGUCUAUGUUGUUCGCUGUUAAUGUAGCUGUCUAUUGGUGAAAAUUUUUGUAUGUCGGUCCAGUACUAUUUGCUACAAACAUAAAAAUCUAUGCUCUAUGUAUGAUGUAAUUUUUAUUUCACCGCUCAGAUAACAUGCGGUUAACCGCAUCAAUCAAUUAAUGCAGAACGUUGAAUGAUUCCGUCUGCUCGAGCUCUAAAAAAUAGUUUUGUUUUUCGAAUUUCGAAUAUGCGACGAGUGAGCCGGAUACGUUUUCGAAUUUCGAAUAUACAACGAGUGAGUCGGAUUCGUUUUCGAAUUUCGAAUAUCUGACGAAUGAUUCGGAUUCGUUUUCGAAAUUCGAAUAUCCGACGGCUGAGACAGAUUCGUUUUCAAAUUUCGAAUAUACGACGAGUGAGUCGGAUUCGUUUUCAAAUUUCGAUUAUCCGACGAGUGAGCCGGAUUCGUUUUCGAAUUUGGAUUAUACGACGAGUGAGUCGGAUUCGUUUUCCAAUAUCGAAUAUACGACGUAUAUGUGAGUCGGAUUCGUUUUGUACGCGAAUGCUUUUUCUUACUAUGCAAGUGAUGUUGCAAGCGUAUGAUUGAACAAAUAACAUUUUAUUGUUUACAAGCCUAGACUUGUAAUUGCUAUGCAUGUCUUCCAAGCGACCAGUGGCCGUAUUAUCAAACGUAUUAAGGUUUUAAUUCGAAUAAUUGUAUUAAACGAGUCAACUCGAGUUAAGUUAUCAAAUGUUAUGUCUAGAUGAGAGAUACGCUGGAGUCAAAUAAUUAAGACUGGCCCAUCACUGUAUUGUGUAACUUUAAUUAGUUCCGUUGUCCUGUUAUAGUCAUAAUAAAUAUGGUCUUAGUGAUAUUGAUGCAAUGCAAUUCGACGACUGUAAUUCAAUUUAAGUUUACAUGACUUUAUUUAAGUCCACGGCGUUGGUUAGUUAAUCGUAUAUAACCUAAAUUGCGAGUUACACCUCACAGUUUACCUCAGACGAAUUAUAUAAGGACCUGCCUCGCUUGACGUUACCCCUUUGUCAAAGUGUAAGAUCAACGAUCUAAUGCAUUUAUAAAGACAGUUUCUAUAGAAUCGAUGUUUCUUGUUGUAAUCUUUUUUGUCGUGUAAAGAGUCCCCUAAAAAUGCCGGUUUUUAUAGUUGAAUGGCAUAAAAAUGGCCUACAACUUGUAGUUUGCUAUACGAUAAUGUUUCAUUUAUAACUUAAUCUAAUUCUAUUCUAAUAACCUAAAUCGAUUCUUCAGCCUAAACAGCAAAACAUUGAUCAAGUAAUUGAAUAUAGAGUCUAAGCAAUGUGCUGUUCUGUGUUUAAAUUACACGUGUAUGUAUUGCGAAUCAAAUUUAUAGUUGUCUGCAGUGUAAGGACACAAAAUAUAUUUAUUGGUAUUAAAUAUUUUCGAUGAGUGAGUUUACCUCGUCCCCCUCAUAAAUUGACAGACAAUUUUAUUGGUGAAUUUGGGUGCGAUACAAGUCCAUAUAUGUAUUUGAUCUGAGCAGUUUACUCUCUGAAACACAUGACCAACCCUUUGCCUCGUGAUGGUGUUGUUUAUGGUGUUUCAAUUUACUAAGAUUUGAUUUGUAUGUCUGUGCAAUAGUGAGGUGUAACUUAUGAAUCAGCAGGUAACUUAUUUUUCAGUAACUUCAUGUAAUUAAAAUAAGAUCUCAUUUUAUUGAAAAUAUUGUCUUUCCGACAAAAUGUUGCUAGCUCCGUGCAAUUUAUUAUACGAAUAUUAUUAUUUUAUUCAUAAAAAGCUCGGGGCCUCUUUAUGAAUUACUUAACUUUUUUAAAUAAUUCGAUCAAAUCUUGUGACUGAGUUAAUGUUUCUAAAUAUUUUGGAGAUCACAUAGUUUGAAUUUAAACUUAUGAUUAUUGCAUAAUAGAUGUAUUAUUUUUUAUUUGAACAACAAUGUACUUUUUACGACUGAUUUAACUUAUUUAAAUUGUAUUUAUGUAAUUAUAAAAAUUUACAAUUUUUAACGUCAACAUUUUUUUUCGCCUCGUGCAAUGGAGUCGUGGUAUGCUUUUUUAUAAGCUCAUUUAAAGGGUUGUGUCUAGUUUGAAAUUUCAUAAUAAUUUUUAUGAUUAUUAUAAUAGGAUUUAUUUCCAUGUAAAAAAAUUACACGACAAAUGUUAUAAUACAUUGUCUAAUAUUAGUUUGUCUUUCUGUGCAAUUGCGCGUCCUGUGGAUCGUAUAUAGUGACGUAAUGUAAAAUUUUGAAUAAAUUAAGUAGACUAAACAUCACAAUUUAUUUAUGCAUAAAUUAUAAUAUGUUGUUAAGAGGAUCGUGAAUCGCGAAAAUACUUUAACUUGAAAAUCUAGACUAAUUUCUUUGAAAUAGUAUUUCAAACUUCGUUUAAUAACUGUCUCACAAUUACAAGAUAAUUAAAGAUAUCCCAAAUUCAUCAAAAAUGAGAUGAGAUGUGUGGCAUAACCUAGAAAAUGGCCUCAGAUCAGCAUAUAGCUACAUGACUUUAAAUAGUCAUUUAUCCCUACGCAAUGUGUGCGUGAAUAGUUUUGUAUGAGUGCAUAUUGUUCCUUAUUCCAAAGGCGACCAAGUAGUUAGGCGUGGUCUAUAAAUUAGUAGAAGUUCCUGCCAAGCACAAUUCCAUAUUUUAAUUUAAUAUUUAAUUUAAAUUUGAACAGUAAUUUAAAUUGAUGCAAAUACGAGUACGAAGACAUGGCUGUACGAUGUCAAUCUUUGCCUGUUGGUAUACACUUCAAAAAAUUAAAAAAAAGGCCAAUGAAAUAAACAUCAAUAUACCGCAAAUCAGUACCUCAAAUUACAGCCCGGUAGUGCAAAUUCAAUUCCAUAACAACACUGUACAACUUUUUUAUUUUGUUAGGUUCCUAUUUCAUAAAAAAAAUAGAGAAUAAAACUUUCAUAACUUGGCCUUAAAGCACUCGUGUCUCUAUCAUAAAAUUCACUUCGUUCGUUUUAUAAAAUGCAAUUCAUGUUUUAAUGGCCGUCAUUAUACAACCGUUUCAUAAUCUACUGUUAAUCCAUCAUCUCUGUAUUGGAACAACAAACGUACGGAAAGAACAAAGUUUUUAGAUACAAUCUAAAAAAAUAAAUAGGCUCCACUGGAUUUUUGGUGAUAUUUGGAACUAAAGAGUUUAAAAACAGUACAGGAAACUUUAAGUUAAGAAGAAAGAGAAAAUAUGUGUUGUAAUUUGCUCAGUUACAAAUGUGCCACUUUAAAAAUUGUAUAUAAACCAUCUAAACUUUAUUUAUUAGAUAACUUUCAAAAUGUCUUCCGCUAUUCUGUACGCGAUUCGAUGGGCUACUCGGACAAUGAAAUGUUACUUACUAAGAAUUCCGAUUGUUAGCACACAUUUUUUAAAAAUUAUAAUUCGUUUCCCGAUCUCUAAGGUGCGUUAAAAAUUAACGCUUAGUUAAAUUAUAAUACAGUAUUCUAGUAGGUUAAAAGACUCGAAUAAGGAGCUCGCAACAUUUUUCGCUUGAUACUUAUAGGCUUUGUUUAAUUUAUUGACCUACCACGUCAAAGAAAGCCAGUUUUUGAUAGAAUAAGAAUUUCACUAGCCUGACUUAUAGGCCACGUUAUAACAAACACUUACUUGCAAACAUUACUAUGAAGUUUUGCUGUGCCAGACGCACAGGAUUGUGUUUGUAAAAACGUGUCUAUGAAGUCGUGUUACGGUCUUUUUCAAUAACCUAUCUAUCCGCCAUUUUGCUUACUAAAGUUAAGAAAAGCUAUCUUCCUGUUCUUAUCUGCUUCUGACAGAUAGUUUGACUAUGUAAAGAUACUUUGACUGUUACUGAUAAUCGAGGAUAGCUAUCUAUCCGUAAUCUUGGGUAGGUUAUUGAAAACGGCCGUUAGUAGACUUCCUAUCGCCACAAUAAAGGGUGGUGGAGUCUCUCAAGGAAGUCUGGCAUCACUUUUUUUCUUUAUAUAUUCCAGAAUUGCACAAAAGAUUUGUGAAUCAUUUUGUCAUUUCAACGUCCAUCUAAAUGUUACUUUACUUACUAGUCAUGAGUUUUUGGAAAUUAUCGGUGUAACUAAUGACUGUCAUUGAUUUUUUUUUCUUUAUAUUUAUUUUUAUUUUCCCUUUUAGGCUAAGAAUUUCGAUGCCUCUUUUACUCAAGAUCACUUGGUAAUACUCUCAAGGAGAGGCGUGGAAAUAAUAUUGUAAUAAAUUGCGGGAAAUGUUAUCAUUAAAAUGAAUUCCGUCUUUUUUGAUGCACUGCUUUAGGUGAUUUUAUUUGGUGUUGUCGAAAAAGAUUCCGUUUUGAUGAGCAUUUUUUGUAUAAAUAUUAGAUAAAUUCGAGCGCAGGAAACGACUGAGUUACUCAUUGAUUGCUCAAUAUUUUUUUUUAUUAAAAAAAUUGAAGUAUUAUGAAAUUUUUAUUGAAAAUUACCAACAUUGAAAUUAUUUUUACCACGAAAUGUGUGCAGUCGUUUACUGUUCCACGCUCUUAGCGUAGUAUAAUAUGCGUUAUAAUGUUAGGACGAUUUUAUAAAGCUCUUACAAUUCGAAAAUUAUAAUAUUGUUGAGAUAAAACAUAACAUCAAACAAUUAAACAUAAAUAGAGACUUAAAUAACUGAUAAUGCACUUAAUAAUAAAUUUAACAUUUUUUUAAGAUAGAAAUUUAUGUGAGCUCGUUCAGAGAACAUUUUGCCAAAGUGAAUGAACAACAAUAUAAGCGAAAAAUAUUUUUAUGUUUAUAGUACACACAAUUUGAAUAAAAUACUUUACUUUUUUGAAUUAUUAAUAACAUACGGCGAAAUUAAAUUUGAACGAGAAUGGAGAGUUCACUGUAUAACAAGCUUACUUCUAAAUGCAAGAGACGAAUUGGGAGUUUUAAAUAAAGUCGUACCUACUAAUAAUAAUUACUUUGUAUUAUGUUAAUAUGCUCAUUUAACAUUAAACGCAGUGUUAGCUAAUUUUUUCAAGAUCUCCCAUAAUGUUUUCUUUAUUAUUAUUAUUAUUUAAUUACGAUCUGACUGGUUAUAUUUAACAAAAAAGAAAAGGUUUGCUAAAAUGUGUAUUUUUGGGUGUCUAAUAGGUCAGAAAAAGUAUAAUCGGUUUGAAGCGUUAGGAUUGUAUUGGUAUAUGGAGUCAGAUUGAUUUGGGAUUGGUGUUGAGAAGUACAUGGGCUGUCGUUUCGAUGGUAAUGUGUCGGUUGCCGCGGUCGCGAAUCGCUGAAGUCGCCUUGCGCUACAUAUGAGGGCAAUAUGAGGGCGCUUUGCCCUACAAAUGAAGGCGCUUUGCUCUACAAAUGAGGGCGCCUUCUCUACAAAUGAGAGCGCUUCGCUCUACAAAUGAGGGCGCUUAGCUCUACGCGCCUUGCUCUAUAAAUGAGGGCGAAAUGAGAAAUUCAAAAUUUACAAUAGUCCAUUUUGUAACGCAGAUCGGCUAAGAAGUUUCAAGUGACCUAAAAAAAAUAGUCGAUAGACUAAAACAGAUUUAUUAGACAGAUUGUAGAUGACGACGGUCGAUUCACUAUUUUUGAUAUAAUCUUGUCGAAAUUUGCAGUUUCAUGGAUGUUUAAUUAAUAAGGAGUUGCGGUGAAUACACGUAUAUGUUCGUUUAGCUAGAGUAACUUUAUUUACAAGUUUAUAUGUAUUAUUAUUAUAUUGGUAUCGUAAUGCAAAGUAGCGUCUUGAGAGCCUUUAAAAUAUAACUAUAUUGUAACUAAUAGGACGAUAGCUGGCGACAGUUCGCGCAUUCCUAUGUCAGACAGAUUCUAUAUACAAUUAUAACUUUAAAUAAACGGUAAAAUAGGGCAAUUGAUAAAAGUGGCGCAAAAUGAGUGCAAUACUAUAUAAUAUAUACUUCUCAUCAAAAUAAUCGAAACAGUCCGCCUGAACAACACUUGCGGACGGUUUCGACUUUUUUGAUGAAAAGUAUAUUGAAAGCAGUUAUACACGAAAAUAGAUUAUAAAUAUAAUCGGUAAAUUAUACUAACUUCUCGCGUACACACUUUCAUACAUUGUACUUGUAUAGAGUCCAUGUGUGUAAGUAUCUUAAGUAAGGGACAAACUUGAAAUCCGCUCUGAACACGAGGCGUAUAUAUACAUCAUAAUAAACAAACAUCCCAGCAGGGAUAUUGUUUUAGAAGCUGUGUUGCAACUUAAGAGUGGACUAGAUGUUUGGCGCAUACUAUGCCAGGUUAUAAUAAUUUACAUAUACCUAUGUAAUAGUACUAUAUCUACUAUACGUUGAAAUGAGAAGUCAUAAAGGUGCUGAUAGACUUGAGCAUUCACUUGUAAUGAACAUUCGUGCGAAUGUUACAUCAAAGAAAAUACGAAAUUUUGUUUGAAAAUUUGACGGCCUCCGUGGCGCAGUGGUGUGCGCGUUGAAUUUACAAGACGGAGGUCCUGGGUUCGAUACCCAGCUGGGCCGAUUGAGGUUUUCUUAAUUGGUCCAGGUCUGGCUGGUGUAAGGCUUUGGCCGUGGCUAGUUACCACCCUACCGACAAAGACGUACCGCCAAGCGAUUUAGCGUUCGGGUACGAUGUCGUGUGGAAACCGAAAGGGGUGUGGAUUUUCAUCCUUCUCCUAACAAGUUAGCCUGCUUCUAUCUUUGAUUGCAUCAUUACUUACCAUCAGGUGAGAUUGUAUUCAAGGGCUAUCUUGUAAUGAAUAAAAAAAAACAAGAAAACAUUUUAGCGAGCAUUCUAUCGAGCGUUCUGGCGAGCAUUCUAGCGAGCAGAUUUGCUUAUAUAGUAUAGACAACGGCAUGGAAUUUCGUUGACAAGCAACGAACAGAGCGUUCGUAUGAAUUCUCAAGAUGUUAGUAGCAAUAUUUGGCUCUAUGCUUGGCUCGGCUUGUUGUUCAGUUCGACAAAUAUAAAAACGGCGAAUGCUCGAUGUGAAUGCUCCAGUCUAUCAGCACCUUAACGUCGGGACCGGAUAGGGCGAGCUGUGUUGCGUAAUACAAGUAUAGUGUGUCCGUGCCAUUAUCAGUGUCUCAAAUAGAUGUAGCAGUGUCGCUAGUUUUGUGUGGUUGUUAAAAUUAAAUAUAGAACGUAUACAUAAUCUUCCGCCGCCAAAAGCAAUAUAAAAUAAUAUCAAUGUAUUAAUUGUAAUAUGGUAGUCGACGCUAGUGAAUUACAGCUUUUGGAGUACUAGUUGAAGUUUUUAAGACGAUUGUUUGUAAGGGCUUGCAUGUGAGUUGAUAAAACAAGACUUAGAAUAGCUGCAAUGCAAAUAAGUGUAGUUGCAUAUAUCACAAAAUAAAAUGUAGACUUAGUCUUAAUAAAAUUGGCAGAUUUAUUAUAAAAUAGUAAUUAUAAGAAAUGUUUCCCUAAGAUUUUUAUAACUACUACUAAUAUAGUUACUACGUUAGUAAUCUUAGUCUACUUUGCUAUAUUUUCUGUCUGUCUAAGUCAGAUUUUUUUAAAGAUUUAAAAUUUCCAUCACAAUUAAAAUAAUUAUAGGUAUUAAUAUUUUUUUUAGUUAUCUCAUAAAAGCAUAAUAUUGUGUGGUAUUAUUUAUUUUAUUAUACACAAAUUCGUGUUCAUUUAUUUGCUUUUACACAAAAUAUAGGGAAAAUAUAUAACAUUUUACAUUACUUUACGUUUUAGGCAACUCAUAAGUUACUAUUUUAUGUUCUAUGUAUGAGAUUUGGAUACGGAACUAUGAUAUUUACAUAAAAUAACGGCAAUCUAGAUAAUGUUAUUCAUUAUAGAGGUGUCUAUUCUGGAGUUAUAGAUUAUCUACAAAAUAAGGUAUUGUAUCUAUAUUGUGUCGUUUAUAUAUGUAACAGUUAAACAUUUAUUAAUGUAUUUAUUCAUAAUGAAUUUCAUUGAAAACAAAAUUUUUUACAAAAGUGAUUCACCAUCAUAGCAUCAUUAAAGAUUUUAUGCUAUUAGAUAUGUCACUGACGCGUCGAAACUGAGGCGAACAAAGGUGACUAACUUAACUUAAGGUGACUGUCUUAAUGUCAUUUCGUCGCAUAGUAAACAACGAAAGUUAUAUAAACAAAUUAUACCUAAAUAUUGUCUACAAUGUCGAGUUGUGUGCUCAGGAAGUGUAAAAACUAUACAUAAAUAUAUAUUGUAAUUAAACAGAAAAUUGUGCAUGUGUGCGCUCAGUGGAGUAGCUAAAUUCAGAUCAAUGUUAGCGGAGAUUUUUAGGCACGUUACCAUUGACCAAUAAAAUGACGCACAAUCAUGUAGAAGAUUUCACUAGAAAACUGGCCAAUUUUGCUUUGACAGUUUUGGAAUUAUUAGCAAAGAAAUUGGCCUUUAAAUAUAAUCCAAUAUUCAAUAAAAUCCCUAAUUCAGAGCAAAUUCAACCUUAAGAAUUGAGUUUAAGGUUGAAUUUGCAAAUGCGACUUCUUGAAUUGAGUGCCAAGAAGUUGGGUUUGUCACCCAUCCACUUUUUAAUAGGAGAUCGAUGCACGUAACAUAUCUAUAGUAUAAAAUAUCGUUGGGUACAUUGCUAACUUGGUUUUUAUCGUUUAUUGACACAGAAGAUUAAACUCUGAAGAGUCUGACAUUGGAAUGGUAUUCGUAAUGUAUGUUGCCGGCUGCGGCGUCAAAUAGUUUUAGUUCAAUAUUUUUAUCAAUUAGGUGUUUCAUCCAUUAAGCGUGGAUGCUCGUUGCAUUCAGUAGUUAGUAAAUUUUAGAAUGCUAGUUAGUUUCAAUUCGGAUAAUGUAAUCGUUGGAUGAGUACACGAUCCAUAAAUUCGGCCUUUUAUAUAUGCAAAGUUUUGAAAAUGUGUACAGUUUUCUGAGAGUAAAUCCGUUAAUAUCCCUUAGCCCAGUGAGAUGUUAUUACGUCUAAUAAAAAGACAAUCGCAGACAACAGUACUAAAUUCACACUACGUUUUUACAACGAAAUAACUUUGUAAUGUUACAUAACAUUGUCUUAAGAGCAAUAAGGUGAUGAUUUUCAUAGAUCUAUCCUUGAGUAGUAGAAGAUUAUCUAUAUAAAAAAAACUCGCUAAGUUGUCUUAGUGCAGGUCAGAAAGCAUAUAUUUGUGCUAGGUAUAAUGUUGAAGUCAUGUCUGUAAAAAAAAAAACAAUCUUUAUUAAAGCCUUUAAUCCGGAGUUAAUUUGGUUGAGGAACGGUACAGCAUUAAUUAUAUAUAUCGAUGUAUUUAUAACUCAAAACAUGUGCCACUGCAUUAAGCGGCAUCAAUUUUUCGUUUCUGAGAUCAUUUAACGUAGCUAUUUCAUCGAAAUUACGUAAAAAGAAAAUUUCGUCAAGCUUAAUCGUAGUAGCAAGUGAUAACGUUAUUUCAACGAAAUAACAACUUUAUUAAAGAUGUUGAAAGUUGAAACCAAUUUAAAUAAUCGCAGAAACUAAAAUCAUUGCCACUUGUACUGGCUUAAUUUUGAAUCGUAUAUAUAGGUAGGUAAUAACAUCUCACUGCACUACCAAUGUACUUACAUACUGAAUCCCCCUUUAUUUUUCGUGUUACCGAUUCGUUAAUAAUGCACUUUGAGAUUAACAUAGCCAAAAUCCUAAAGCUAUGUUAGCUAAUAAAUUUGUCUAGAUAUUUCGCUUAUAUAGUAAGUAACUAAAAUAUAUUUCGCCUAUAGUGCUAGGUGCGUUUGAAUAAACUUUCGUAUUAAACUCGUGAAAAUACUUCAUAAUAACUUGCCGUCCAAGAUUAUUUUGCCGGUACAUGAUGUGAUUUAGUUUGCAAUAGCAUUUUUCUCAUCCUAAAAGUAAGUUGAAGUAAGCUAGUUUUGCCAUAAUAUUUACAUUUUUGAGCAUUUCAGAAUGAAUUGAUUAUAACAGCAUCGCCUCGAUGGGCAUUAUUAACAUUUUGUGGUAUCGUAAAAGCAUGUCGACUUCGGCAUAAUGCUUAAAGUAAAUUCGUCUCAAAAACCUAUUUUUACACUAACAUUAAACAUAUUAAAUAUAAUAUUAAAAUAAAAAAAAGAAAGAUAAAAUAUAUCGUAGUUUCAUAAUUAUAAGACGUUAGUAUGAAGUAUAUUUUAAUUAGUCGUUUAAUGCAUGUCAUAGAUGUAAUUAGCCCAGUAUCAGGCAAGAUGCGAAGUUUUAUAAGUGUUUUUUGGAGUUUUUUUUAUUGAUUUGCAGGAUGUUGAUAUUUCACAUAUCAGUUGUACUGCUGUUGUGCACAUUGUAUGUUCCGUUCAGUUGUGUCGGUGUUGGGAAUGUUCAUCACAGUUUAUGCAAGGGAAAAACGUCUUAAUGUCACAUUGAUGGUAAACGAAAUGAACUGUGACUUGUGCAUACUCUUAUAGUCUAAGAGCCCGUGAACCCCAGACCUUCGUCAUUUUAUAAAAGCUGAAAGUUUGUUAGCUCAUGCUCCUACCAUAAGUAAGUACGGUAGCCAAAUGUGAAGUUUGGACAGUGGCUUUGGGAGGUAGCAGAUUAUAAGGAUCCAGACCCUUAAACCGUCUAAGUAUAAAGUGUAAUAUUUUUAUGUUUUCCUCGGUAUAAUAUGAGAAAUUAUAUUCCCAGUCGCCUGUCACUUAGCUUCGCGACAACCUUUCGAAAAACACAAUUUAAUUUAAAACUUCAAGGGUCUUUAGCGAAGGGUUAGCAUGAAGCUAAGUGUCUGAAUGAGGAUACCAUUUUUCAUAUUAUGUCGAUAAACUUAUACUUUAUACUUAAGUGGUUGAGGGUCUGGAUCCUUGAAACCUUCUAUCUGCCAAAGCCACUACGGUCCAAACUCUAUAGUUGGUUACGGUACUUAUCUAUAGUAUGAGCGUGAGCUGACAAACUUUCUGCUUUUAUAAAAUGACGAAGGUCUGGCUGUUGCCGGCUCUCCGUCUAUUAAAAAAAUUGUAUACAAUAUGACUUCUUAAUACAAUUCAGUGAAUAAAGAUAUGAAAAGUCUGAAAAAGAAAAACGUGUUCGUGUCGGGACGCUCGACAGAAGUGAUAACUUUAACCUACUGCCGUAUGCGUGAGAUAAACGAAAUCCAGAGGCGUCGUAACGCGUUACGUUACGGACUGGUUUAACCCCAUAAGAAGUAGUCACUUCAAAAAGUUAAUUUGUAUACAAUUUUUACGUUAUCACUGGAAUAGAAUUCAGUGAAUAAAGAGAUGCAAAGUCUGAUUGGUCUAUGAUCUCGUCCUACCUAAGAUUGUAUACUCAGAGGCACAAAUAUCCCCCCACUUUAAUGUACUCGCGUCACAUUAAAGAGAGCGGAUAAUUGUGCCUCUUAAUUUAUUGUAUGUUCUUUUCACAGUUCAUCUUUAUAUCUAUGCAUGGGCCACUCGAUUGAGUAUGUAAUAAGUAUAAUACCUAAUACAGAAAGAUGAAAUGUACUACUCUGGUUACUUACCCAGGUGUAUAAAAUGUCCAGUGAGAAUGAAUUUCUUAUACAAAAUAAUUAUUAUUAUAGAUGAUAUAUAGAUGAAUAUAUCAUCGUUCCAUCACAAAUGAAAACGUAAUAAUUCUUAGUAAAUGAUGCAUAAUUUUAUACAUCUGGACUGUAGUUUAAUUAUACACUUUGUAAGUGUGUUGUCCGCCUAUUAAAUUUGUAACCAUUACGAUUGGAAUGGCUACUUGUUAGUGUACGUAAUACGUUUAUAUAUUAUUGUAUCGUCCGUAACGCAUAAUAUUAUACAUUUCGCAAUCGACAUGAGAUACUGCAAGCAACGAUCACGCGGUCUUAUGCUGUAACAUUUUUGAUGGUAUUGUUUGCGGCGAAAAAUUGCCAAAUUGCGACAGCAUGAGUCCGCUGUUUGUUCGUAAAGUUUUGAUAUAUUGAUUGCUAAAAAUAGUAGUAUUAUUUGAGAAUUUAUGUAAUAAUAUCCUUCGUCACAAAUAUAAAGUGUAAUUUUUUUAGCCUACACGGAUUCAAAUAAUUCUUGAUUUACAAUCAAUAUUUAUGAAAAGUUUUUCUUUUAAAUGGUGUAUAAUUGUUUUCACUUGCAUAUAAAGCCAUUUGUCAACGUUUACUUGAAAAUUACGUUUUGCCACUUGAAAAAAAAAUCUCUCGCUCGGUUUAAACUGGCCUCCAUGUGUUGCAAGACUAAAAGACUAGUCAAUAUAGUCUUAAUUUAAUUAUUACCGGGAUAUCUGUAAGCUAAUAUCAUUAUUCAAAUAUCAAUUCACCGUUGACACAUUUUUGGAUCUCCUUAUUUGUUUUAUGCAUUGACCUCUUACAAUAAAAGGAGGCACAAUCAUGUAGAAAACGUCACUUAAAAACUGGCCAAUUUUGCUUUGGCAGUUUUAGAAUUUUUGGUAAAGAAAAUUAUAUACCUAAAGCGCUUUACAUAUAGUCCAAUAUUCAAAUAUUCAAUAAAAUCCCAAAUUCAUAGCAAAUUCAACCUUAAGGAUUAAGUUUAAGGUUGAAUUUGCAAAUGCGACUGAAAUGAAUUGAGUGCCAAGAAGUUGUGUUUGGCAUUCAUUGAGUGGGGACGUUUUUGGUCGCUGAUUGUGCAUCCACUUUUUAAUAGGAGAUCGAUGGGUUUUAUGACAUCUCGUAUUUAUAAUUAGGAGUGCCCAUAUAUUUUAUUAACGACUAAAUCGUAUAAGCACUAGUGUUCCGUUGUCGCAAAUGGUUGUAAUUAUAAAGUUAUUAUUAAUUAAUUAAUGAUUAGUAAAAUGAUAGACUGUUAUGCACUAUUUCUGGUCUAACCGUGUCGAAUCUUGUUGCCAUGUUGUCGUUUUCCAUGCAAAUUUGCAACCAUAACCUACAGUACCUAACACUUUGCGAUGACAAGUCGAAUGGUCUGCGGUUGCAUGGUGGACACAUAACGUGUGCGUUUGUCAAACAUUUGGUAUAUUUCCUAUUUGCAAUAUUUAUCUUUCCAAGUUUACCUACUGUAUGUUUUUACUCGAACUAAACAUUUGACCUCUUAGAUAAUUUAAUUUUACGGAUAACACCUAAGUCUUUUUUGGCAAAAUAUUUGAAGUAACAUAAUUUAAUUAUUCAAUAUACUUAUUCUAUAUUUAAGA